AUGACUACUGUCUCUGCUGUUAAAACAACUACUUACGCUGUCAUAAUGCCUCUGGCAAUCCUUUCUGCAGUCUUUGCCAGCUAUUGGUAUGCUUUCGGCGGCGCCAGGAAUGUGCACCCGUUUGAUCCCUAUCAUCCUCACUGGCAGACUGUCGUCUCUGCGAAAAAGGCAGAGCUGGCCGCCAAAAUACCCCAGGAGUGGUUACUUUCUCAGACUGUAAUUGACGAUGCCAGGAGUAGACGAAGCAUUGCCGGGGAUUUCUUGGACAGCCUGCUCGAUCCGCGCAAUAGAGACAUCACCACACGAGAGCCUGCCGAGAUUGUUCACGACAUAGCCUCUGGAAACCUAUCCUCCGUGGAUGUUGUGACGGCAUUCUGCAAACGUGCUUCAUAUAUCCACCAAAUCAGUCCCGCGUUUCUCGAGAUUGGAUUCGACCUGGCUCUGGCUAGGGCUAGAGAGCUGGACGAAUAUUUCAACACUCAUGGCCAGACAGUUGGUCCGCUCCACGGCCUUCCGAUUACGCUCAAGGAUCACUUUCAUAUUAAAGGGCUUGAAACCAGCUUCGGCUAUGUUGAGUGGAUAGGGACUUUCCAAGGCAAAAAGGGUACCGGUAAGGAAAAGAAUGUUGAGAGUGAGCUGAUCCGCCAACUCAUCAGCGUUGGCGCUGUGCCUAUUGCCAAGAUUACUCUAAUGAGCUAUCUACUGGAGGGUCCUCUGGGGGCGAGGCUCUCGUGCAAGCACUUAGAGGCAGUGCAGUCGGCUUUGGUUGUUGGCGUCAUGGGGCCUUCAAUUUCCGCUCUCCGCCUUGUGUUCAAGUCUUUGAUGGAAACACGGCCGUGGGAGCAUGACCCUUCCGUCCUCCCAAUACCAUGGAGAAGUGAUCAAGAGGUUCCGCCAGAUGCGAUUCUCAGCUUUGGGUUCAUGGAAAAUGACGGCGUCGUGGCCCCUCACCCCCCCAUUGCGCGGGCGCUUGAAAUAGCCUCGAGUGCUGUCAAGAACAAAGACCACAGCUCAUUGCCUGGAACCCCCCCUCUCAUGCUGCCGACUCCAUACAUGGGCCCCUUGCACGUGGCGAUGGUUGCCCGGACGUGUACAGCGCAUUCAAAUCUUCGGAUGAACCAAUAG